AUGCAGAAGCCUUCUGCCGCAGAUGGUGCUUCGCCAACACAGAUUCAGUCCCGCCUGUUGAAAGGCCCAUCCUUUGCAGAUGUGGUGAUCCAGGAAGUUGCUCGGCUGGCUCGAGAAGUGCAAGCCAUUCAACGCGAUCGGGAUGCACUCCUGCGGCAGAUGGAGGCGUUGCGCGCCGAAGUUCGGGAGAUGAAACUGGCACGAAGCGGUCCACCCAUCCGAGUUGUUGGCCGUGAUGGUGUUUCGUUGGAGCGCAUCCUUGAGCAGGCAGUUCCAUACACCAUAGUUGAGAUCCCGGAAGGCAUUCACAGCUUUGAGCUUCUGGAGUUAAAGAAGCCCGUGCUGAUUCGGCGCAGCAUGGCAUCGCGCAAGUCCGACACAGUGCUUAUGGGAAGCAUCGUGAUAGCAUCUCGUGGCGUGAAGAUUGAGUCCGUUUGCUUCCGUUGUGAUCCGGAGUCCCAGUACACGCAGAUGAUUACAGUGGGUACUUCUGAGUGCUUCAUCGAUGCAACAGAGGCCGAGCUUGUUGACUGCGACAGCAACAUGAGUCUGGUGAUCAAGAGCGGGGCACCAGUAAUUCGGCAUUGCAGCUUCCAAGUUCAGGGCGAGUUGAAUGAUCAAGGGUUGCGCGCGAGUUUGAAUAGCUGUAUUUGGCUGGGCAGAGACACGGCUGCCACCAUAGAUUCCUGUUUCAUCGAUGGGAGAUCCAGCCGCGUGCAUGCCUUCUCGAUCGAUGACAAUGCAUGGGGGAGAUUGCGACGGAAUGUGGUCUGCGGCACGACCGAAUACCCGGCAUUCCACAGGGGGUCCUUUGGCAAUUGCGAUCUGGACCAAAGCAACGAGAUCAACUGCCCUGUCUACCAUGGCGUGCGGAAACUGCGAGCCUUGGAGCAAAGCCACCCAGCAUCACCUGCAGCUCCGGGAAGGCCAGAACAUCUGCUUGAUGAUAGUCAGGCGACUGGGGUUUUACGAUGUUGUAUGCACUGCCCACCGCAAUGCUGGUCCAUUGAUGCAUGUCCAGACACUUCUCCAGUUUCCUGUUUGUUGGCGUGCUGCUGUUGUCGUCGUCGUGGCCGUCUUCGUUGCUGUUGCUGCUGCUGCUGGGGGUGGUUGUGUUGUGGUGGUGGUGGUGCUGCUGCUGCUGCCGGCCAAAUACGUUUAGACUCACGGUGUGCUCAGAAUCAAGAAUCAGCCUUGUCAAGCAGUCGACCAGCCCCGGCGCAGUACCUUUUUCAGUUUCGCACUGAUUCAACCUGUGCCGACCCUGAGACCACAAGCAAUAUUAAGAUGUAUUAA